UUGUAAAAAGGGGAGGAUCUUCGCUGGUGUCACAGACUUUCCUGCUGCUCUUCAACACAAAUCAUCGCCUCAGCAGCGAUAGGCCGAGCUUCUAACCCUUUUCGGUUCUUUUAAAUGACUAAAAACAACAACAAGUACUCUAUCAAAUUAGUUAAAUUGUUUUAGUUGUUAUUUACACAGUGAAAGGAGUUCCCGGUUCGAAAGCAGAGUGACAGCUAGCUAGCUGCUAGCUGACUUUAACAGCGACCAGCAGCUAAAAAUAUUCACCAGGACAGUCGCGAGGUAGGCGGGCACAGCAAAAGCGUCCUGCGCAGUUACCACGUAAGCAGUGAAGCAUCAUGGGUAACACAAGUGACAGGGUAUCUGGAGAUCGGCAUGGAAACAAGGCCCAUCGUUCCGACAGCAGCGGCAGCCACAAAGACCAGGAGCACAGCACCAAGAUGGUGGACAGCACAGAUGAUCCCAACAUCUUCAACACCUAUGGACCUGAGUCUAAAGGGCUAGGAGAUAAAGAAUUCACCCCGGAUCUGGAUGACCUGGUGAAAACUGCCUCCCAGGCCCGUCCCACAGUGAUUCGCUGGGGUGGUGGGGGGAAGGAGGUUUAUAUCGCAGGCUCUUUCAAUAACUGGAACACUAAGAUUCCACUGAAUAAAAGCCAUAAUGACUUUGUUGCCAUUUUGGACCUGCCUGAAGGAGAGCACCAGUAUAAGUUUUUCGUGGAUGGACAGUGGGUUCAUGAUCCUUCAGAGCCGGUGGUAACCAGCCAGCUGGGAACGAUCAACAACCUGAUCCAGGUGAAGAAGUCUGACUUUGAGGUGUUUGACGCGCUGCAGGUGGACUCCCUGGAGUGCUCGGACACAUCAGACUUGUCCAGCUCGCCUCCAGGUCCGUACGGACAAGAGCAGUACAUCUUCAGACCCGAAAAGCACUUCAAAGCCCCUCCGAUUCUCCCCCCUCACCUGCUUCAAGUCAUUCUUAACAAGGACACCAACAUAUCAUGUGACCCUGCUCUGCUGCCUGAACCCAACCACGUCAUGCUAAAUCACCUUUACGCUCUCUCAAUAAAGGAUGGAGUGAUGGUGCUAAGUGCUACUCACAGAUACAAGAAGAAGUAUGUCACCUCUCUGCUGUACAAACCCAUCUAACCCGUCUUCAGAUGCUCAGAGAGAGCAGCGUGUUCGUUUUCUUUUCAGUUUGCCAUCACUUAUAGACAGGAGUUGCACUGAAACAUGUUUACAGGCUGCUCCAAAGAAAGCCGCACUUCUACACAGGGCUCUGAACAACGGUACAGGGUGUGGGGUUUUGGUAAAAGAAGACAACUCUACUACGGCUUUAGCUGGUGACAUCUCCUUGCCGAUGAGCCUGAUUAAAUCACUGCGUGGUGUUUGUAUGUUUUCACAUUUGAUUGUGUGAUUGUAGUUUUUAGAUGACAGUAAACGGUCUGUUUUUUUUGUUGUUUCUGCUGCGUUUGCGUUGUUACUUUUUUUAUGUCGCUCGCUGAAUGUAAACAGAACGACAGGUGACCUUUUGUUAAGGUGAAGUGCAAUAGUGGGUCAUGAAAUCAUCUGUGAAUUCUGUUUGAGCCAAAGGCUUGUAUUCCUGUUUUUGUUUUGGCAGCCGUGAUGCCCAGCUUAGUCCAGAGCUACAGUUGUAGCCAUUUCUUUUUCUUUUUCACUAGUAGCUCUUUUUUUUCCACACAGGAAGUGGUCUAAAGUCUUUGCUUAGCUGCUGCUUUUAUUCUGAUGAAUGUUUGUAAGCAUUAUCGUUGAUACAAGCUAUAACUAUGCAGUAAGUAGCCUUUGCAUUGUAUUGUCUUCCAUCUAAUUAGUGUGUUCUCACAUUUGUCUGCUUUGUUAAAGAAAAACUAUCGUACUGUAUCUGUGUGUUACACGUGUGGAGCUGCUUAAAGGUCUGUCUGCGCUCACAUUUCAGUUUCAUAGAUGUUGUGAAUACAUUGAUGUUGAGAAAUGAAGAGAACCUAGGAGAGCUUUGAUGAUGACUGGUUGCCAUUUAUUUAAAUUUUAUAUGUAAGACACACCCGUGUUUUGGUUCUGAGCUGCUGGUUCCUGCGUAUGAAUGCUCACAACUCUUCAAACAUCAAGGAGAAUCUCUCGGAGGUAUGUUAGAGUAUUCUGUGAAUGUUAAGCCGGGCUUUUAUUUUCUAAAAGCUCGGCUUUAUUUUUUAAAACUAAGAUUUGAUAAAGGAGUUUGGAAAAGAGCCAUGGAUCCAGGGCUUUUAGGGCUAAAACCAAAACUUGAAUUUUGCAGCUAUACUUGAUAAAUCUAUGAAAAUGCUUAGCAUAAACAAUGUGGUAAUCCUCUAUAGAAGAUUGUACUGUACUGCAAAUAAAUACACUACUCUGAUCCUAAU